GACGCCGAACCGUCUAGUCUAGACUCGGAUAAUCAAGUCUGAGAGGCCGGCGGCGGAUGGCAGGGAGAUUGUACUGUAAGAUGACUAGUAUAUGAAGUCGGCGGGAAUGCCACCCAAACACCACGGGCUGGAUCAUAUAACCCAUACAACACACUAGUGUAUUGGCUUUGGCUCUCGUCUGUAUAAGCCCAACUCCACCAAUUACACCUUUUAUAUCUUUAUACUCUACACCCAUGGCUCGCUUUUUGGGAAGCUACUUCUUUGGCGAAAAGGCGGUGGAAAAGGACGACAAGAGCGCCGUCCGAGCACUCCCUGCAUCAUGGUAUACUUCACAAGAACUCUAUGAGUUGGAGCGCCGCGCCAUCUUUUCCAAGAAGUGGCUGCUCAUCACACACAAGGCUCGUCUGGGAACAUCUGGCGACUGGCUUCGCUAUGAAGUUGCCGGGUUCCAGUUUGUCAUCUGCAAAGACCGCACAGGGUCGAUCAACGCCUUCCACAACGUCUGCCGGCACCGCGCGUUUCCUAUUGUCACCAAGGAGAAUGGCAACAAUAGCGUCUUUUCGUGCAAAUACCACGGGUGGUCGUACGGCAUGAAUGGCAAGCUCGCCAAAGCACCGGGCUACCAGGACCUCGAGGACUUUGAUAAGACACAGAACGGUCUCUUGCCGCUCCAUGUCCAUAUUGAUAACUGCGGCUUUGUCUGGGUCAACAUGGACGGCGGACAGAAGCCCGAGAUUGCUUGGGAGGACGACUUUGCCGGCAUCGACAAGCAGGAGCGCUAUGCUGCCUACAACUUUGACGACUAUGUCUUUGACCACACGUGGGAAAUGGCAGGCGACUACAACUGGAAGAUUCUCGCCGACAACUACAACGAGUGCUACCACUGCAAGUCGACGCACCCCGAUAUCCCGUCUAUUGCAGACCUCAACACAUACCGAGUCGAAACCAAGGGUGCCUAUAUCCAGCAUCUUGGAAACCCCAAGCCUGAACAGAUUGCCCGCGGACUGAAUGUAGCGGCGACGUACUUUUUCCCCAAUGCGUCCAUGAAUGUUUCACCGCACUUUUUCAUGAUUCAGCGUUUUGAGCCUGCUGGUCCACUCAAGGCCACCAUGCGCUACGAAGUAUACCGCAACAAGUCGUCCAGUAAUGAAGACUUUGAGCUUAUUGAUUCCAUGUACAAGCGCAUCAUGUCCGAAGAUAAGGUGCUCUGCACCAAUGCCCAAAACAACAUUAAUGCCGGCGUCUUUAUCAACGGCGAGCUGCAUCCAACACUGGAAAAGGGACCGCUAUACUUCCAAAAGUCGGUUCGUGAGCUAUUGCAGGAGCACAAUGAGCGCGAGACGGAUGCCGACUGUGAGAUUUGGCCAUCUCGUCAGACACUUCCCACUAAGGCCGUGGUGACCAGACGAGACAUGGACUUUUGCUCAGCGGUUGAUGUCUGCCGGCUGAACCGUGUGGAAGCUUAAGUUUUAUAACGGUGGUAUGUGCAUUGUAUUACUGGGAGGAUACUCGUGAUUCUUUUUGCUUUGAUCUUUUUUUACUUUUAUAUAUAGCGCCCUAAUGACUGUGUUUUUUGUAGCUUAACAUGAGAUAUGAUGAAAUUGACACACCUCCCUCUCCUCCCACCAAUCCAAGUCAUGCAGCGCCACACACCAACUUUCCUAGUGCAAGAGGCCAAGAAAAAAUAAAACAUGGCGGUGGCGCCAAACAGAAGGGGUCUUUUUGCACUGGAACGAUGGAGUUGCGCCCGCAUCGCCAGCUGAACGGGCUGUAAUCACCAAACGUAACGUAUUGCCUGAUAUUGCAGUGCUGCUGCUGCUGCUGCUGUAAGUAAGUGGGUAAGUAUCAA